AUGCCCCUGGACCGCCAGGCGCAGGAAGAAUCAAGCAGCGGCGUGGCAGUGUGGCGUGUGGGCCGGGGCCGCAGCCCCGACCCCGCCGCCGUCCUGGCGCACGAGCUGCAGUCUGACGUGGCGGCGCUGAGCUGGCGGCCCGUGGGCGGCCGAGACCUGGCCGUGGGCUGCGGCACGGGGGUGGCGCUCUGGCGCGUCCCCCCGGACCCGGGCGCGGGCGCGCUGGCGGUGGAGGGCCCCGUGCUGACCUGGCUGGCCCCCGCCCCCGCCCUGGCGGGUACUGGCCAGGUCAACAUGCUGACCUGGCACCCCGAGGGCCACCUGCUGGCGGGGGUCUGCCGGGGCGUGGCGGGGAUCCAGGUCUGGGACGUCGCCACCGGCCGUGCGACGCCCGUCAGGGCAACCAGCGACCCCACCACCGCACUGGCCUGGUCCCCCUGCGGCGCCUACCUCUUCCAGGGCCACGCCUCGGGCACGCUGCGGCUGUGGGAGACCACGGCUUGGACCAGCCAGGCGUGGGCCUACGGUGGCAGCCACAGCGUGCACAGCGCAAGAGCGGGACCGGGGCCGUCCCUCGUGGUGGCGGCGGCCUGGGCGCCUGCGCGCCUGUCCGCCCAGGGUCUCGUGCUCGUGGCCCAUGCCGAGGCGCCCGGCUCCCUGACCGCCCUGCACAUGACGGGCGCCAGCGCCCCCAGCCUGGAGGCGCAGCCCAUGCCAAUCGCAGAUGGAAAGGAGGAGGUGACAGGCAUGGCGUGGAACCCCGAUGGCCAGCGCCUUGCCGUCAGCCUAGCGGCCGCGGGCCGGCCAGCCACGAUUGUGCUGUACGCCAUCUGCUGCGACCCCCUGGUCACCACCAGGGUCGUGGGGGAGGUGCCGAGCGAGACAGAGGACGACGCCACUCCUACCAGCGUGGCCUUUGUGGGACUCAAAGGGUCCGGCCCGAAUCACCCCCUCCUCGCCAUUGCCAGGUCCUCCCGCAUCGCUCUCAUCCCCCUGGAAUACGCCUGA